AUGAAGACCACGUUAGCUUUUGUCAUUCUGGCCGCGGCUGGCCUCGCCCAUGCGGAGGUCGCGUCAAAAUCCAAAUGCCAUCACGGGCACGGGCAACGAGGGGUCAAGAAUGUUGUGCUUAUGAUCUCCGACGGCUUUGGGCCAGCAUCUGAAACCACGGCCAGAACUUUCUUCCAAGUCCGCGACAAUCUUAAGUACACGUACAAGAGCCCCCUCGACGACAUCAUCGUCGGAAAUGUGCGGACGAAAGCCUACGACAACUGGGUGACUGAUUCGGCUUCCGCCGCCACCGCCUACGCGUGCGGUGUGAAGACGUUCAACGCUGCAAUCGGAGUCACACAUGAUAACAAGAACUGUGGUACCGUUGUCGAGGCCGCCAAAUUGAAGGGUCUCAGCACCGGCCUGGUGACGACUACCCGUGUUACACAUGCCACGCCUGCCGGUUUCGCCGCGCACGUUCCGGAGCGGGAUUGGGAAGCUCUCAUCGCUCAACAACUCAUCGGUGACAACCCCAUCGGCGGCCGCACACUCGAUGUUCUCAUCGGCGGUGGUUCCUCUUUCUUCUUUCCCAACACUACAAAGGGCUCCAAACGCACGGAUGAUCGCGAUCUGUACAAGGAAGCCACAACCAAGUUCGGCUGGAAGAAUGUUGCUUUGACUCGCAGUCAGUUCGACAGUAUCCCCAACGACAAGUCCGCUCUCCCUCUCCUCGCCACUUUCACCCCCAGCCACAUGUCUUACCAGAUUGACCGUAACGCUACCCUGGAGCCUUCUCUCGCCGAGAUGUCUCACAAGGCGCUGCAAGCCUUGAAGGAUGAGGGCAAGGGCUUCUUCUUGAUGAUUGAGGGCGGUAGAAUUGAUCAUGCUGGUCAUAUCAACGACCCCGCUGCCCACAUUCACGAUAUCAAAGCGUACUGGGACACUGUAGAACUCGUCAAGAAGUUCGCCGAUGAGGACGGCCACACCCUUGUCAUCCACGUUUCCGACCACGAGACCGGAGGUCUUACCGCCGCUCGUCAAAUGACCAGCACCCAGAAAGACGGAUCCAACACUACCGCCGCAUUCCCUUACGAAUGGUUUCCCCAGCACCUCCUCAAAGCCUCGGCUUCCACCGAGAAGCUCGCCUCCCUCAUCCGCGCCCAGGCCGCCGUCCCUGGUGCCGACCUCUUUACAUUCGUCAAGAACCUCGUCAUCAAGUCGUACGGUAUCGAUGUCAGGGACGAAGAAGUCACGCACCUCAUCGCUGCUCUGCGUCGCGAAGCCGGCGGAGCGCAGUUCACCGAAUGGGCCUUGGGCGAGAUGCUGAACAGCAGAGCUGAGCUGGGAUGGACCACGCACGGACACACCGGUGUUGACGUGAUUCUCGGCACCUACGGAGCCACCAGCAACUCCAUUCGUGGCUCCUACGAGAACACUGAGAUCUCCGAUAUCAUUGAGCAGCGCCUUCGUAUCGACCGGUCCAAGGUCAAGUUUGCUUACCCUCCUCCUCCCAUGCCCGCGCUUACUCGCCGCUCUGACAGCGAGUCGCACGUCUUUGGUCUCCACGAUUAG